AUUUUCCUCUACAUCACAUCACUGCUGACGAGCCCGGUUUUUUGGGGCGGAAUUGAAACACAGCUGCAACAAAAACAGGCUGUUCACGCCGACUUCAGCGGACUAACCACACUUAAAAAAAUCAACCCCACUGCUGUGAAAUCUUCCCCCGUCUGCACGACUCCCGGUGUGAGCGCGGUUUCACAGCAGAGCAUGGCCUGUUUGCUGCUGCCUGCCAGUGUGAUUUCCACCACAAACCCUUCCGCAUUUUCCUGCUAGUCUCAGGCUGUGACGUGUAGUGCUGACGGCGGCCUCGGAGCUGGAGGAGCAGGGGGCUGUAGCAUGACAAGAAUUGGCUCCAGACGUCCUGGUUUCAGCGGAGCUCCAGAAACAGCCGGCCCCUCCUUCUCUGCUCCUCUCUGGCCCGCCCAAAUAACACAAAAUUCCCGAUUGAAUCCUGCCCGAGUCUGGGGAAACCAGGCGGCCUGGGAAGCCGAGAAGCGGACAGAGGCCAUCCCUGCAGCAUAAAUCUGCUCUCCAGUGACAAAUGCAGUGCGAGGACAAUGGAUGAGGAUGACACCAGGCUUGCAAUACAUUCUCAAGAGCCUAAAAUAAUAUUACACGGAUCGGAUGAGGGUGGUGCUGGCGGGCAGGAGUUUGUUGUGGAGCUACAAGAGACUGUGUUGGUGUCAGAAGGCGAGGGCGAAGGAAUGGCGGUUCACAGGUUUGCCCCAGACGAGCUAGUGAUCCAGGAUGCUGUUGAGGAUGUGGUGUCUGAGUAUGUGCACUGCGAUGAAGAUGAAGAUGUCGCUGUAGAAACCUGCGUGAUGGCCCUGGAGGGUGAGGAGGAAGGCGUUGCUAUGGGAGACAUCCCUGAAGAUGGGCUGGAUCCAGAGCAACAGGAGGAGGACCAAGACGGCUGUGGAGAUUACCUCAUGAUAUCUCUGGAUGAAGCUGGUAAAAUGGUGUCUGAUGACGGGACCGAGGUCACGGUGGAGGGGGCUGUGGAAGAUCAGGAAGUGGAGAAGGACGAGGACGGCCAGGAGGUGAUAAAGGUGUAUAUCUUCAAGGCCGACUCGGGGGAGGACGACAUGGGAGAAUCAGUUGACAUCAGUGACGGCGACACAGAGAGCGUGGCGCUGACCGAGUCUUCAGGCCAAACGCUGAGAGAGAAGAUGGUCUACAUGUCUGUGGGGGAUUCCCAUCACAAUCAAGGAAACCACGGUGGGUCCAAGGUGACUGAUGAGGUUUAUAUGGAGGUGGUGGUAGGAGGUGAGGAGCCAGUUGCUCACGACCGCUCGUAUGACAGCGUGUCUCUAAGCAAGGACUUCAUGCCUGUGGCCUGGGCAGCUGCUUAUGGUGCUGAGGACAGCGAGAGUUGUGAAAACCGAAACGGUGCAGCCAGCGCUCUGCUGCACAUUGACGAGUCGGACGGGGUCGACGAAAUCAACAGACAGCGCAGCAAGAACAAGAGACGGUCGGAGCCGCGGCAGGUGCAGACAGCCAUUAUCAUCGGUCCAUAUGGCCAGCCUCUGACCGUGUAUCCCUGCAUGCUCUGCGGCAAAAAGUUCAAGUCACGAGGCUUCCUGAAACGCCACACCAAGAAUCAUCACCAGGAUGUCCUGACCAGGAAAAAGUACCAGUGUACGGACUGUGACUUCACCACCAACAAGAAGGCCAGCCUCCACAACCACAUGGAGGUACACACUCUGAGCAGCAAGGCCCCCUUUGAGUGUGAAAUGUGUGGCAAGGAGUUCCACCAGCAGGCGGCGCUAUUCUCUCACAGACUUCAGCACCACCACCGGGAGCCCAAGAACCAGGCGCCUCCACCGGCCACCAAGAUGCAUAAAUGCAAGUUCUGUGACUAUGAAACUGCUGAGCAAGGACUGCUCAACCGUCACUUGCUGGCCGUUCACAGUAAAAGCUUCCCCCACAUCUGCGUGGAGUGCGGCAAGGGCUUCCGACACCCCUCAGAGUUGAAGAAACACAUGCGCACACACACGGGGGAGAAGCCCUACUCCUGCCUCUACUGUGACUACAAGUCAGCCGACUCCUCCAACCUCAAGACGCACAUCAAGACAAAGCAUAGCAAAGAGAUGCCAUACAAAUGCGAGCGCUGUUUCCAGACCUUUGCCGAGGAGGAGGAGUUACUGCAGCACGGACUAACACACGAGGAGAAUAAGACCCACCAUUGUGCCCACUGUGAUCACAAGAGUUCCAACUCCAGUGACCUGAAACGCCAUAUCAUAUCCGUUCACACCAAGGACUACCCCCAUAAAUGUGCCGUCUGUGGGAAAGGCUUUCACCGGCCCUCUGAACUGAAGAAGCACUCGGUGUCCCACCGCACCAAGAAACUCCACCAGUGCCGGCACUGCAACUUCAAAAUUGCAGACCCCUUUGUUCUCAGUCGCCAUAUCCUGUCUGUCCACACUAAGGAGCAGCAGGCUUCCCCUGAAAAGAGUGAGGCUAAGAGGACGGUAGAGACGCAUGCUCCCGCUGCGACACCCAAAAAGGCUGCACCCAGUGGUUCCAGUGGCUCCACUGCACCCGCUCGGGUCAGUGCAGCCAGUUUGGCGAGCAGCGUGACUGUCGUUAUCGGCAAGGGGCAAAAAGAACGGCGGAUUUACCAGUGCCAGUACUGUGACUACAGCACUGGUGAUGCCUCGGGAUUCAAGCGACAUGUGAUCUCCAUUCACACAAAGGACUAUCCCCACCGCUGUGAGAUCUGUUCGAAAGGCUUCCGAAGGCCAUCGGAGAAGAACCAGCAUAUCAUGCGCCACCACAAGGAUGUGGUGCAGGCAGAGUGACUUUGACAGGGCCAAAUACUGUGCCACCACAGAGACUGUUGCCGCCUCCAUCACACAACAAUCACUGCAACCUUCAGCACUACGCUCGACUCACAUUAAAGUAAUGUGACAUGGCCGUGUGCUGCACUUAGUCCGUUUUAAUUGUUUUCCUCUUUUUACAGCCUUCAGCCUAAUAUUCGUUCAGAAAUGUAUAAACAUGUACAUAACAUUAAUGCUCUUCAGAGUAGACAACAGAACCCCUCCAUAGACUUGCACUUUUAACUGCAUGUCCCUUGCUGGUGACAGUGUGCAUGGCAGAUUGUGCAGAUGUCUCUGGUCUCUUUGUAGAUACACAUUUUUCUUUUCUUUCUUUUCAUUUUUUUUUUUUUUUUUUUUAAAUUUUGCAGGCAGCAAUCAGUUCAAAAUCACAAUGGUCCUAAUAAUUAUUAUUUGUCUCACAAGUGAAACGUUAUUGCAAAACGUUUGCAUUGUUUCGUUACAGUGGGGUUUUCUGUACUAAACACAAUAUGGUUGAGGAACCUGUUUCCAAUAGCACUUGCCAACAUGUUGAAGAAGACGAUGAAUGCAGUAAUUAAGUCAUGUACGGUAUUGCAUAUGUGUGUGUGAGUGUGUGUGUGUGUGUGUGUGUGAGAGAGAGAGAGAGAGAGAGAGAGUGAGUGUGAGUGUGUGUGUGUGAGAAAGCGACAGAGAGUGAGAGAAAAGUAUCUUGUGCUUCCCAGUGCUCCAAUCCCAUCACUCUGUAACAUACUGCUUUUAGAGGACACAAGGCUGGCUAUGUACAGCACCCAGAGAGGAAUUUAAAAAAAUAAAUAAAUAAAUAAACAAAACAAAAAAAAAACAAUCAUCAAGUCUACCCAUAGCAGCUUAUGGACAUGGAAAUCACAGGCAAAAUGCAAUGAAAUAGUGGAUGUUUCAUGGUAGUGGAGGAAAAAAAAAAGCUCAUAUAUGCACCCAUAUUGCGAAGAUAUCAUAACCCCCAUGGCUUGAUCAUAACACACUUGUCUUGAAUUUCUGUUGUAAUGCAGUAACAUGUCGUUCAGAUUAAGAAUCUCCUAAGCCCUGACUGACAGUAUUUUGGACCCAAUAUCACUAUCUGGGGAAUUUUUUUUCCCCCUCCCCUCCUGAAAGAUGCGGACCUUUUUUGUGAUCAGAGAAAACUGUCAAGCUUUCAACAAAGGGUAGUGAUGACAAGCUGUUGGGACAGCUGGUUUCUUAACCGAUGAACAAACUUGUUUUUCAUAUGAAUUGACAUGCAGCAAUAUGAUUUUAAUCAUGGACUAAGCAUAAUCUGCAAGCACCAGUUAUCUGUGGAUAAGAGAUGAUACCAAUAUUAGGCUGGAUUUACAAAAAAGAAAAAAAAGAGAAAAAAAAGAACAACUGCAAAUAUUAGCCAAUUACUUUAGUGUCCCAAUAUAUCUACCUGGCCUUAAUAUGGACGGUAUAUUGAAGCUACAGACUGAACUCUUUAUUUCCCCCCCAUCAGUUCUACUUUUGCCAGUAGAAAGGGAAAUGUAUUUGUCUCUUUUAGAUGCAACUUCAGAAGACUGGUGCUGGUGGUGUAUUUGUACUAUGGCUUUUACUUUUAUUUCACCUGUGAUUAUUUCUGUUUUUAUAUUUAUUUCAUCAUUUACCAGUGGUUGUAUAGUUAAGUGUACUAGACUUCUAUGGGACGUAAAUUAUUGUUUGUACACAAAAUCUGUAAAAAGGUGUAGAUGUAAACACUUGAAAAGGAAAUCUGAACCGUGUUGUUAUGGAUGUACUUCAACGUAUUUGUUAAAAAAAAAAAAAAAGGUAAUAAAAGCAAAGUAUUUUA